AUGGUGCAGAUUGCAGGCCCUGAGCGAUGGGACACAAGCCACUUCAAGAUGACAGGAGGAGUUCAGCGAGGCAGCUACACCAUCCACCCCGAGUUUACCUCAGAGGCUUACUCUGCCCCAUG